AUGUCUGGCUCGACAGCGUACCCUCUAUUCAAACUGGGCGAGUCUCGUUUUGAUCAGGGAUAUUUUUAUGGUAGAUUAAGACAUUUCCUGGAUGUGAUAGAUCCUCGCACACUGUUUGUAUCAGAGUCGACUAAAAGACUUUUAGAAAGUUUCCAAGAUGGCACCCUUCCUGAUAGUGUGACCAGUGCACAGCUUUGGGAGGCACAGAAAAUAAAACAGGCCAUCCUCCACCCAGACACUGGAGAGAAGAUCCCCAUGCCCUUUUGCAUGUCAGGUUAUAUUCCCUUUGGUACCCCAGUGGUGGUGGGACUACUACUGCCCAAUCAAACCUUGGCUUCCACCAUCUUCUGGCAGUGGCUGAACCAGAGCCAUAAUGCCUGUGUGAACUACUGCAAUCGCAAUGCCUAUAAGCCUACCUUGAUGUCAAAAUUCAUCUACGGAUACCUGGGUGCUGUCAGCAGCGCAGUUACCAUUGCAGUGGGGCUAAAUGUUCUGAUUCAGAGGGCUGAGCGUUGUAUGUCCCUUUCACUGCUGUUGUGUCUCUUGCCCCUGCUCCCUCCAGCGAGUGUCAACGUGUGUAACGUGUUUCUGAUGCGCCACCAUGAGCUUUCCGAGGGCAUCAGCAUGCUGGACGAGCAUGGCAACAUGGUUGGCACCUCCAGGCUGGCAGCCAGGCGUGCUCUGUUGGAGAGAGUGGUGACCUGCGUGGUUCUCCCUAUACUGGUGCUGCCGCCUGUGGUCAUGGCCGUACUGUAGAGACUCCCGUUGCGGCAGACACACCCUCGUCUUGUGCUGCCGGUACACAGCCUAGUGUGCCUCUCUGCAUUUAGCCGCCUGUUCCCUCAGAACAGCCAGAUUCAUGUGUCUCAGCUUGAACCUGAGUUCUCUGCAGCGACUGAGUGCAGGGUCCUGACCUACAACAAGGACCUCUAACUACUUGAACAGUGGGACACCAGGCAACAUACGUGUGAAAAUAGUGGCUAGGAGAUCAUCAUUGACUGGCUCUGAAGCUGUGAGUCCACAGUGCAGUGAUGUAAUGAAGCGUGGUUCUCCAUUCAGCCCAGUCAUGAGGGCUUUCCUCCCCAAGUUUGGUUCUAACCUGCUGCGGAUGUGUGUGUGUGGAUUUUAUUAUCACUUACACUCUGCGACAGGCGUAUUCACAUGCCAGCGCUAAUCACUUCUUUGCAUUCACUUGACUAUGUGAUUGGGUAGUUAAGCAGCAAAUCAACAGCAAAUCAACAGGAAAUUAACAACGCAAUGGUAGAUUGAGUGGCAUAAUGUCCUUUUCAGCACCUCUUCAUGCCAGGCCUGAUGUAAAGCAUUUCAUUCAUACAGCUGCACUGUUUUAGUGAUGUAAGGCCAGAACAAUGAAUUAGAACAAUAAUUCUUUUUUACAUUUUUGGCCAAAGAAAAAUUAAAAUGAUGAUUUUACUAGUUUAGCAAAUUUCUAAACUUUCUAAAAAAAAAAUUUGUCAUGCACUAAAA